UCACAUCCCGUAAUCUCUAAUCCGGCUCAGCCAACAGACUAGAAUGACGAACUUCCUGCCUACAUUAUCUUGUAUUCAGGGGAUUUUUCACUGUAAUUACUAAAAGCGAACUACUUGAUAACGAAAUAUGACAUAGAGACGCCGAGUGAGUGUCGCGAAGGAGCUCAAGGCGAAACAGUUUCGUCGUGACAGUCAACGAUGUUCUUUGUAUGCUUGUUGUCUUCCUGUGGCCAAGGACGGGGAAUUGGAAAACCACAAAGAGACUGAGCCCGUGUGUUGAUCGAGCAAAGUGUCAUCCGAACUUGAAUAGGAUAUCCCAAGCAUUAAUUCGCCAGGAUUGUCGUAGUUUUAAAUCACGUUCAAUGCAGCGGUCGUCUGUUGACUUCUUCGUCGAGUGGAGGAAGGCAUUCUCCAGUUGCAGUAGGUUCCCUUUACAUUCAUCUCUUCCGGCAAAGUCACUACAGAAGGGAAAUAGGCCUGUUACUGCAAUUAACGAGAAUUUAUGGGAUCACAAGUUUCAUCUGAUGAGAUGAGCGUGCGAGCGGGGCAGGGCAGUGACGAGGUGCUGGUGUCACAGGCGGUGUGGGAUUACCUUGCAGCCGCAGGACGACCCUGGUUGGUCGACUUCGAGGACAAGCAGGGACUGAGUGCGGACAUCAUCCGGCGCGGGGAGCGUGGUGGCUGCUGUGCCGUGCGGCUCUCCCCGGUGGAGGGCAGCAGCAGGGCCAGGGCUGGAAUGAUGGAGGGGCCAGUUUCUCCUGUUACACGGAAAGCUUUCAUAGACUUAUGCCGUUGUGCCCGGAAAGAGAUGACCAAACAAGAAGCGGCUCCUAAAAGGAAACGUUCGCUGUUACCAUGCAUGACGGCAAUGGAACCCGACGGGGAAGGGAGCUUGUUGCCUCCGCCUCCCCCUCAACCACGGCGCUCGCAGAGGCAACAGCAGAAAUACAGGAAAAAUGCAGACAUGGACACCUGUAUGGUUUUACCCAUGCAACAUGAGGCCGCAGCAAGGACCGGCGCCGAAUUAGCCAUCACUCGUGAAGAAGAGAGCACCGUUUGCUCUAUCUGCAUGGGUGAAAUCGUGGAAAAGACAACUCUGGACAAGUGUGGCCACUCGUUCUGUCGGUCCUGCUUAGAACAGGCAUUUCAGGUCAAAAAAGCGUGUCCUGUGUGCAGGCUGGUAUAUGGACAGCUUAUUGGUAACCAACCGGCCAGUGGGACCAUGAUGGUUGAAAGAGACCCAGACCUGGAGUUGCCUGGCCAUGAAGGUUAUGGCUGCAUAUGCAUUAUUUACAGUUUCCCUCCCGGUUUGCAAGCGGUAAAGCAUCCAAACCCUGGGGUGAGGUAUCCAGGCACAGACCGAGUGGCAUACCUGCCAGACAGCCCUGAGGGAAACCGUGUCCUCCGUAUGCUGCGGCGGGCCUUUGAGCAGCGCCUCAUCUUCACCAUAGGCACCUCCAUGACCACCGGCAUGCAUAAUGUUAUUACCUGGAAUGAUAUUCACCACAAGACCUCCAUAUGGGGCGGACCACGAUGCUUUGGUUAUCCAGAUCCUACAUACCUUGUUCGGGUGACAGAGGAACUGCGAGAGAAAGGAAUAACAGCUGAUUGAUUUGUGUUGAGCACUUGAGAAGUUUCAAAAGGAUGGCAAACGUGUGCGCUUGACCACAGUCUCUUCACAAACACACUGUCGAGUCAAGCCACAGUCAUCUGCUGCAGCAUUGAUUUGAUCAGGACGCGGUUUCACAAUGUUUCAUUUCAGUCUUUAUGUUUAGCUUUGUUCUUUAGUUUACUUGAGUGUAGGCAGUGUUUCUCACAUACACUAUUUUCUUUGGUACAAACCUGGGGUGCACUUUACUGAGACAGAUUGUUCAGUGUACUCAGCUGAGUUUAAGAUACCCACUGGACUGCUAAAAUGUGAAUGUCAUGAAGGUGUACACAAUUCCUCGUCUACAGUACAAGCCUCCUCUACCCUGUUUCAGGUUAGAAUCACUAGGCUGCUGGCCUUCCUCUUCUAACUCAGUUUGUUCCAUCCAAACUAUCCUUUAGAACAGCUAAUGGUAAGACAAAUGGCAUAGCACAGUUAAAUGGGUACAGCUGGGACAAUCCCAUACAACCUUUUUUUCUAGUAAUCAGCACUAAGAGGCACUUUGUGAUGGAGGUAAUCUUUUUAUUAUGAGAAUUUAAAGUGGAUUCUGCCUGAUCUUCCAGAGUGCAGGAACUAGAGAGGUUAUUUGUGGGCUUUUCUGAUUAUAAGCUCGAUUUCAGUUUGUCCUAGCUUUCAUCACUUAUAAUGUUCGUUUUUGUCGUUUAUUUCAGUAUGAUGUGCAUAAAAAGUAAUAUUUUUUUUGCUUUAUGUUUAUUGGGUUCCGUUUUCCCUAGUUUGUAUUUUUAGGCUGUUUUUUGAGUUUAAACUUCUGUCACAUAUAUAUAAAAAAUGAUGUCAAAACGAAAGGGCGUUAAACCACUUAAACCAAACUAAAAUGUAAUAGCUCUAAACUUUGCUGUAACCAUCAUGUUUAUGCCUCAGACUUGGAGCAAAGCCUAGCACUCAGUUUAUUUUGAAGAAAAUUGUCCAUAAAAAAUUUGCUGAAGUAGAAAAUAAUUCAGUAACACAGCAAAUGACUCACAAAAAUACGUCCAGGUCACAUUUAAUCCCAAAAUCAAAAAGAAAAAAGAGAAAUUUUAUUAAGAUUGUAUUAAGAUUUUUUUUUAUUUAUUUUUUUCAUGUAACAUUAUUUUCUGAUAAUAUUUUCAUGAUUCAAUUGGGAUAAAUUUUCCUCCAUAUUUCAAUAAUUAUUUUUUGUUAUAUCUGUUAUUCUCAAUUAUAAUUUUCUUUACUAUAACACAUUUUACGGUAAAACAGUAAUGCACUUAAUUUGUUUUAUUUUUAGCACAAGUUAAAGACUUAAUUUAAAUAAUUGCAUUUCAUUUGAAAUAGCUAAAAAUAACAUUUUUGAAAUACAUUUAUAAUAUAUGAUACCAUGCAAAACCCACAAUAAAAGCCUAAUGUAUUAACUUUAUUUUUUUUUCCUUUGAUUUUGUUGGGAGAUAUGACCUAGGUUUUGUGAGAUUCAUCCAGAUAUCUUAAAUAUACUGUAUGCUAGGCUGCUGUGGUCCAUGAAGCAGAUUUAUCGAAUUUGUUUUGUAUUUCUCUCAUUGAAAUGUUAUUGUGCCUUCUGCUAAAGGUCACAGCCUGUUAUAACUAACGGUACUCAUUACUUGUUGAUAUUGGUUCAACAGUGUUUGAUCAAUAUGAAGCAUUAACCUUAUAGCAGUCUUUCAGCUUUACGCAAAAUGCAUCAUAAUUUCAAAAGCGUUGAUCAGGUCUCAAAUUGUUUUGCACAAACCAAAACAUUUACUUUGUGUUAUGUUUUUUUUGUGUGUGUUGUUAGAGGUUGCUUAUGUUUUACAGUAUCACUUAACAGAAAAUAGUAUCAGAUUUGUGUUUUGUUUUGCUACCAUAUUCUCUUACUCUCACCUUUAUGUUAUGAAGGACCAAUUCAAUCAGGAUUUGUAGGACUUAAGUGUUUCUGUCAUGCAAAAUUCUAUGCACUUCAAAAUCAGAUUUAUGAAAUAGACCUCUUCAGAUGACUGAUUGUUCAAAUUAAAUAAUUUGCCUUUAUAGUUAUGUUGAUUUGUAUUACAUAUUGAAUUGUAUGCUACAAUUAAAUUGUGCUUUACAUUUUCAUACUUGAAUAAAGGGAUUCUGUUCUGUUA